AUGCCCUUCGACCUCGAAUCCCAGGGCCCCACCACCCUGCAACUCUCCCCUAUAAAUCAUACCACCAACCCCGAUCAUCUCCUCCUCCCAACCCCCACCUCCCGUCUUACCGCGCACUUCUCAACAAGCACCUACGCCCCCAACACCCUUCUCCUCUCCACCUCCACCUCCCUCUUCCCCGACAAACCAUCUCUCGGGCCCAUCCCCCCCGUCAUAAAAUCCCGCAACGGAAAUCUCUUCUGGGCAGACGAAGCCUGCGUUCGUCGUGUCGGUCUCACUUUACACGAAGCACGUCUAUUUCUACAGUUACAGAAUGGAAAUUAUAAUUACCGGGAAUAUGUGGAAAUGUUCCAUAGUUUCGGAGAAGAAAAGAAGCAUUUGGAGGAAAGACUCAAGGAGUUACAAUGGUGGAGAAUGGAGAGGAGGAGGGUUUGGGAGAAGAGGGUAGAGUGGUUGGGAAGGUUAGAGGAACCGAGACUUUGGUUGCUCUAUUUGAUGGCAAGGAGGAGGAGGAUUUUGUUGGUAGCUUGCAGGAGGGUUUUGAAGAGGUUGAGGGAGAAGAGGGAUGCGAGGUUGAAGGGACAGGUAGUGGGAGAGGAGAUGGAGACGGGCGAGGAAGAGGGGCGGGAAUCGCAGAGGAAUUCCCAGGCUCUGACGAUUGCUUGCUCAAUGGUUUCGAGGGGUUCGCAGACGUCACGGGAAAAAGAAUUCAAGCCGGAGAAAUCAUGUCCAAUGAGAUCAGAAGGCACACAAACCGGGGAUUUAGCUCUGUCAAAACCUGAACCCUCUUCAAACAUAACUUCUCAUCCCACUUGUCGCCCAGCAAGCACACAUUCGCGUCAUUCACACUCCCAUACCUGUCCCGUCUUUGCACAUCCCUACUCCGCAACUUCUUCAUCAAUUCAAAGCCUCACCUCGCUCUUCCUUCCCCCACAAACGCCCUACCUAAUCCUCGGUUACUUCCCCACCACCUCCCUCGAUCCACACGAAACCUAUUUACCCUUACCCACCCCAACAACACUCUUCUCCUCACUCCAUCGUGCCGAGCACUCUCUUCGGGGAUAUCGAAGGUUUUUCUCUCUUAAAUCUCUCGCCGGCUUCGGAUUGUACAAGUGUGAUAUUGAAAAGGGAGCACAUGUCAAGGUAAUGUUGAGGGAAGAGGAGAAAAUGAUAUUGAGGAGAUUUUAUGCGGCUUAUAAGGGGAAGCUGGUUAGAGGGCUACCUGGUUUUGCGACAGAAGAGUGGGAUGAGGAUGUUGGAGAGGCUUGGAUGAAGUGGGUGGGAAGCAAUUUGAAUGGGGGGAAGGAGGAGACUGGAGAGGAAGCGGGGGGUCCUUUGGAGGGAAGAUGGAGUUUGGAGUGUCCAUAUCGACUCAGCGCCGUCGUAAUAACUCCAUUGCUUCUUAGUUUGAUAGUAGGAGUUUGGUAUAUGCGAUCAAAUGGGGAUGUAAUCACAGCUUGGACCUUGGCAUUGUACAUUGUGACGGCUGCUGCGGCAAUAGUUGCGCUGUUGGGAAUAAUUGGUAGUUUGAAGGACGUUUAA